UGUUUAAAUUCAGUUAGCGAAACUUGCUGCUAUUUUCGAAAAACUCAGAAAAGUCAUUUUCAUUGAACAUUCUAAAUCCUAAGAGUUUGUUUGUUUAGACUUGACAAUAUUGAAAAUCUCCAACAAUUAUGGAUACAAUACUAAUCGAUAUAAGUGAUAAGGGUGGUCGAAUUCUCAAUCCUUUAAAAUGGAUCGGCAUGUUUUCCGGCUGUAAUAUUAAAUAUAAAAGCAAAUUUUUACAUCCAUUGAAAAUUUUAAAUUUAUUUCUAUUUGUCACCUCGAUUUUGGCUUGCUACGGUCAAUUGUAUUAUGUUUGGGAACGUCGCCAUUACACGUUUGAAAUAUAUAUUGAAGCAAUUUUAAUUUUCUUUCAAAGUCUCAUAUCAAUUUGGAAAUUGUGGAUGUUUACAUUUUCUCAAGAUUGCUUAUUUGAUAUGAUGAAAUCCGUCGAGAACUCAGAAAUGUUACAAAAUUUGGAAAUCUUUCAAUUAGAAUUGAUUGACAGCGCAAAUAUUAUUAACGACAUAACUCAAAUACUUAACGAAUCCUGGAUUGAUAUCAAGAGACAGUUGUUGCUACUCCGCUUCACGGUGUUUGGCAUUUGCAGUUGGUAUACCGGCCACAGUCUAGUGUCAAAUAUUUACUACUUGUACAUAAGCGAUGAGAAUGACAAAGAAAAACUGGAGUUUCCAUUUCCCGCUUCUUUUCCCGUUUGGUAUUCCAACGUAAAUUCUUUGUGGCAUUUCUAUUUGGAAUAUUUUGUUGUGACAAUGCAAAUAUAUUUGGCCACAGUUGCAUCGAUUACAUGUUCAGGUCUCUUCAGUGUGAUUUCGGUACAUUGUUUGACAAUGUUGAGGGUUUUGCGAACUUUGAUUACUUACAGUACUUCGGAACAUGUGCCAUCUCAACAUAGAACCAAAUACUUGGAAGCCUGCGUACGAUUGCAUCAGAACUUAUUGAGUUUCUGCAGUCGAUUAAACAGAGUGUAUCAAAAGCCAUCUCUGGGACUAUUUAUUUCUUGCUGUCUAUUAAUUUGCUUGUUAACCUUUAAAGCCAGUGUCGAUUUGGGUAAGGACAUUUCGGGUUCUAUUAAAGUUUGUCUCUAUCUCUUGGCAGCCUUUUAUGAAUUGCUAAUAUUUUGCCUGAAUGGCCAGCGUAUUACUUCAGAGAGUGAACGUUUGCCCCAAGCAAUUUACAGCAGUUUGUGGUUCGAUGAAAAUCGAAAUUUUAAAUUCAUGAUACAGAUCAUGAUUAUGAGAACUAAUCAAAAUAUAAGAAUGGAUGUUGGUGGCUUUAGCCGAAUGUCCUUGGAAACACUUUUAACGAUAACCCGUUCCAGUGUAUCGUAUUUCCUAUUUCUGCGAAAUUGCAUGUAAAACAAAAUAUAAUUUAGAAAGGAUUCUACUCUAUCCACGUACUUUUUAAAAAUCGAUUAAUUGUUUAAUAAACUGUACUUAUGCACUGUUAAUUAGAAAAUUGAAUAAAGAUUCAUAAAGAAACUAA